AUGAGCCCUCCGCAGGCUGGAGGCGCGGGCAUUGGAGCCGGCCGCAAUGCAUACAGGCAGGACUCGGACCCGUCGCUGUACACCGACCCGUUUGAGUAUGCGUCGACGGCGGCGGGACCGCCUCGUAACGUCGCAAACGUCACCUCGACCCGGCCGGACCCCAACUUUCUCGACCAGGACCCGUACAGCCACGAGGACCGGCCCCUCAAUGGCGAUGCCAUGCUGGCGAGGAGCAACACGCUCGGCACACUGGGCCCCAACGAUAGCGUCAGCGUCCAGGACAUGGCUCGCGCUGGGAAUCGCAGCUCCUAUGACGACAUCCCCGCCAGCCAAGUAGGGGGCGCACGAGAGCGGGGUUUGGAUCGGUAUACGCCCUACGGCGGCUAUGACGACGAGUACCACGCCAAGGACGAGUCGCGAGGCUACCAAGAUGAGUCGUACUACGGCCACCAGCAGUACGACGAGUCGGGCGCCUCGCUUCCCCUCAAAUCGUACGCCAACCCCAUGGGCUACGCCGACGACGAGCACGACGAGGCCCGCCAGAGGGACCAACACCCGCCGAGCCUGUUUGCAAACAAUCUCCAGGGACCCGUGCCGCCGAGAAAGGACAUGGAAGACGAAGAGGCAAACAAGGGCCUUUUGGGUGCCCUCAAGGGAAAGUCUGGUUGGGGAGGCACUCUGGAGGAACAGAUUGAAAGACGGCGAAGGGGCCUUGGUCGGCAAAAGUGGCCCAUCCUCAGCUGGAUUCUUGCCGCCGCUUUUGUCAUUGUCUUCAUCGUUGAGCUGAUCAAGGCAAAGUCUGAGUCAGGCCAAGCCAUCCAGACAAAGCCUCAAUUCAACCCAAUGAUUGGUCCCUCAUCGGAGUUUCUCAUCGGCUUUGGCGCUCGAUUCGUGCCAUGUAUGCGCAAGGUGUCCGACCUGCCGACAACACAGCUGCUGCCCUGCAUCAAGUCGUCGACCAAAGCGCUGAGCGACCUGACGGAGGCCGACGAGUGCCCCAUCUGGCAGAUCUGUGGUCUUCCCAACGAAAACACCUACGGACAGAGCUACCGAUUCAUCACACCCAUGUUCCUCCACGCCGGCUUCAUCCACAUUGGCUUCAAUCUCUUGGUACAACUCACACUCUGCACUCAGGUCGAGAAGCUCCUCUCGUCACCCUUUUACGCCAUCAUCUACUUUGCUGGCGGCAUUGGAGGCAACCUGCUGGGAGGCAAUUUCGGUCUCGUGGGCCUGCCUUCGACCGGAGCUAGUGGAGCGAUCUACACCUGCAUCAGUAUCGACCUAAUCGACCUGAUCUACAACUGGCAAUACGAAUAUCGAGCAAAGACGAGGCUGAUCAUGUCGAUUGUGUUUGCCAUCAUCGGUCUCGCUCUCGGUCUCUUGCCCGCUCUGGACAACUUCGCCCACAUUGGAGGCUUCGCUGUUGGGAUACUGGGUGGACUCAUGUUCUGCUCCUCCAUCCACCCCACGAAACGGCACCGCUUGAUUGUCUGGGUGUUCCGCGUCAUUGCCGCUGGCUUGCUCGUCGGCUUUUUCGUCGGGCUCGCGACAAACUUCUACUCGAGCGAUGACCCGAACAAGGCGUGCACCUGGUGCCGCUAUCUCAGCUGCCUUCCUGCGUUUCCUCAAUGCAAGGGCAACGGCAUCACGAACUCAACCUCGACAGCUAACACUCGCAGAAACCUCCUCUUCGAGCUCUAG